CGCUCUUCCACGCAACCAUAAUUCUGGCUUCCCCUACUUUUUGCCAGACAAACAAGAAAAUGUACUUUAAUUCUUAAAAUGAAUUUAUUUUCUUAUGUGUAUGAAUGUUUUGCCUGUGUACACCACAUGCCUGUCGAGUUCAGGAGGAAGUGUCAAAUCUUCUGGGACUGGAGUUACUGAUGGUUGAGAGCCAUCCCGCAGAUGCUGGGAAUCAAACUCGGGACCUCUGCAAGAGCAACAAAUGCUCCUAACCACUGAGCCUCUUCCAAGAGAAGGAACUUUGAACAUCAGUACCCUCCCUGGGUUGAGCAGCAAGGGAGAUCCUGUGAGCAGCAGUCCAAUGUGUCCUGCUAAGCCUGGCCUCCACAGCUGUUCUUGGUGAGAGAAAAGAUGCCGAGCCUGCUUCUCCUAGCACUCAGCAAGCAGGUGCUAGUGGAAAGAAGGAAGGAAAAUGGGAGAGUGAGGUGGACUACGCAUAGGUAUUUCCAAGCUCCCUCCCACCCUGCUCUAAGACCGUAUCCCCUCCUCUGGGUCUCCACGGAUGCUCACAAACUCCAUCCCUGGGCCGUCAAUGUUCCCACCGGGUUAGGCCCACAGUGCAGCUUCAAGGACUUGCUAGGUCAAGGCCCAGGCUAUAUGGCAGGCCAUUCAACAGGGUCAGAAAAUGAUCUUCCCGGGAUAUAGUCCUGUGGGGCAGAAGCUCCUCCCACAACAUCAACAUAUGGCCAGCUUGAACUAUACUAUGCCUGGUUCUCCACAUCCUCCCCUCCUUCUGCUUUGGUGUCCAGGGUGACCAGAGCUGCCUCUGGGCAGGAAGCCAGCCCAGAAAGUCCAGGAUAUCCCUCGGUGCCUGUCACCAUGGCAACAUGCCCGCUCUGCCCCCUCCCAAGUCCAGUACCAUUUUUUUUCCCCAAACUCAGGACGUCAGAAUGGGAAGGGCCUCCUAGAUCAGUUGAUUCCAGCCCCUCCCCUGUCCCAAGUGGAGAAACUGAGGCCCGAGGGAGAAGGGACGGGAGUGUAGGGGGGUAUAUGUUAGUCAAGGACCUACCCCUAAACGUUUCCCUUCCUCCCCUCCUUCCCCCCCACCUCAGUGUCCUUGGGGUGUAGUGGAGGUCUAAAAGUCUGAUAGCCUAGGCGGGGUGCCACCCACACCUACCCUCACCCCAGCAGUGAUGGCGCAGGUGGCGUCCCGGGAACCUGACACCCAAGAUGAAUAAAUGAUGCGGACUCAGCCGCCCGCAGCCAGGACUCUCCGCGGCCGCUGCCACCACCACCAUCACCGCCUGCCGGUGGCCAGGGGCAGUCACCCGGUAGCUCUGUGCAUCAGCCCCCUGGGCUCUCAGGACCUGCACGGGAGCGCGCGGCAAACGAGAGAACAUGGCCGGGAGGCAGCGUGGCUCGGGGCGGCUCUGGGCGCUGGGCGGCGCCGCGCUGGGGGCUUGCCUGGCGGGUGUCGCCACGCAGCUGGUAGAGCCCAGCACUGCCCCGCCCAAGCCCAAGCCACCCCCACUGACCAAGGAGACUGUGGUAUUCUGGGACAUGCGCCUGUGGCACGUGGUGGGCAUCUUUUCGCUCUUCGUGUUGUCCAUCAUCAUCACGCUGUGUUGUGUCUUCAACUGCCGUGUACCACGGACGCGGAAGGAGAUCGAGGCUCGGUAUCUACAGCGAAAGGCAGCCAAGAUGUACACAGACAAGCUGGAGACCGUGCCUCCCCUUAAUGAACUCACAGAAAUCCCUGGAGAGGAUAAGAAGAAAAAGAAGAAGGACAGUGUGGACACGGUGGCUAUCAAGGUAGAGGAGGACGAGAAGAAUGAGGCAAAGAAGAAAGGAGAGAAGUGAGGGCGGCUUCCUGAGGUGGCAGCUGGGGCUGACAGGCCCUGAAGAACAAGUUCAGGCUGGGAUCCAGGUGUCAGGACUUCAUGUUUAUACGUGGACUGCAGAGGCGGUGGUCCAAGGGGAAGCCAUAGCCAUGGCUGUCGCCUCGUGGCCCAAAAGAUGUAGGGACAAGACUUCACUAGUGUCCAUCCUGGACUCUGCUCCUUUCACAUCAUCAGUCUGGGCACUUGUCAUGAGCCACUGUCCCUCCAUAGUUAUAGAGUGGCCUCACACUCCUCUCGCUGUCCAGAUACACUUCCGUCCCACUCAGGGGCAGAAGCGGUUUCUGUCCCACUUUAGGGGCAGAAGCGGCUUUGAAGGAGUCAGGGACUGAUCGUUUAGGAUGGCAGGAUUGAACAGGAUUGCUCAAAAACACAGAGGGAGGGGUUUGAGGGGGGCUUGUGACGUGAGAAUUUUUCUGACAGAGUUAGAUAGCCACCCCAAGUAGCAAGGAAAUUGCCCCAUGUUCAACAGUAAUCUGUCCCUGGCUGCUAGGGUGGCCCUGUUAGUAGGAGAGUCCCUGACCUGGCAGAUGCCAAGCUCUGAAAACAAGGUAACAGUGUGACAGAGCUGAGGCUACUGAGUGCUGGCAGGAGGCCAGCACCAAAGGGCUUCUGGCUCAGGGGUGGGGUCUAAACAUAGGGGACAGAAGGGAGUGAGCAGAGUGAGAAAGCCUGGGUCUCCUCAUGGGAAUCUUGAAAUAGUUAAGAUGCCGGGCACCGGGCACGGACCAUUCCGGUUGCCAGGACUCUAUCAGAUGAUGGCAACCGUCAGCCAUCUGACUACUGAACAGUGGUAUGCAGGUCCUCUUCUGCCAUGUCUCUUACAAAAAAGAAAAAAAAAAGCAUCUCUGCCAAAAAGACAAUUGAAACGCCAUCGAGGGGCUGGUUCUAGAGAGGAGAGAUGUAUGCUGAGGCACUUCCAGAAUCAAAAUGAGGAGCUCUGACCAGAGCUGGGUACGGAGACCCUGGGGAGACUUUCCGGGUGGGAAGCCUGCUAGAAAGGUGUCCUGAGGAAAUCUGUAAAUAAAGCUGGGUGCCUUCUCAGCCCUAGACGUA